AUGGCGUCCGUCCAGGACGCUGCAGCAGCUUCAACAAAGCAGUUCAAGGUGGUGGUCCCCGCUUCGCCGCCCAUGCGUAACCUCUUUUGGCGCGAACCGCCGCCCAACAAGACGACGUCCCACAUUGCCGUCCAGUCGCGGUCAGCUGCGCGCAGCAGUGUCGCUGCCGAGCUCACCUUCCAGUUCAGCACGCUCUGGGAGGACGGGCAGCAGCUCUUCUUGCUGCGCAUGACCACGGCCGUGGACGAGCUGGAGCGCCUGAUCGAGACGGAGCCCGAAGCCAAGAGCCUUGUGUCGGCCCACGUCGCGGCAUUCAUAGGCGACCUCUCGAUUGUGGCCCAGUGCCUGGCCCAGAUCGACCUCUAUCAGCCGUGGUCCAGUGGCUUUGAAAACCACAUGGUCCGGUACAAGGACACGGUCGAGCGCGCUGUUGACGCCGAGCACGCUCCGAUGGCCAGGAUUCAGGCGGCCGUGCAGGAGAACAGUCUCGCGGAUGCCACCAGACUCGGCACACCGACCGGCGGCCGCUUUGCGUAUCCCUGCGAGAAGCGCCGCACCAAGGAAAACACCGAGGCGCUGCGGCAGGCAGAGCGCAACCUGGACGCGUUCUGGGCCUGCGUCGACCGCCACAUGUACGUCAAGGCCGGUGAUCUGACCGGCACCGCGACACAGACGCUCUUGUUGCAGCCGCGGAUCAUGCAGCGCACCGCCGAAUGGGUGGAGACGGUCACGCCGGGGAAAGGGAAAGGUGGAAAGAACGAAGCGGCACCGGCGAACAAGACGUCCAGUGGCAGCAUCGGCAUAGGCAAUCCGCUGUCUGCGUUUUACUUUGGUCUCGUCGAGAAGCCAUCGCAGGGACGCCUCGCCGCGUCGUCGUCCAGAGACAAGGCCAAGAUCAAAAUCAAGACCAAGACCAAGGGUAUGGCCGCAGCGGCAGCAGCAUCCCCAACGGACGACCUCGCCGGUCCCUCACUCGAUGAUGCCGAGCCCGUCGUCCAAGACACACAGCCCACCGUGCCGGUCGACGCCCGCGCCAUCAAAGUCUUCCGCACCCUCUUCUUCAAUGCCGACGUCACCUCCACCCCGGGUGAGGUCCCCUGGCGCGACUUUUUGCACGCCAUGACCUCCACGGGCUUUCAGGCCGAGAAGCUGUACGGCUCCGUCUGGCAGUUCCGCCCCACGGCGCUCGACGUCGAGCGCAGCAUCCAGUUCCACGAGCCUCACCCGCGGGGCAAGAUGACGUACGAGGUGGCGCGGCGGGCUGGACGUCGUCUGAACCGCGCGUAUGGCUGGGUCAGUGACAUGUUUGUGCUUAAGAAGUGA